AUGAUAGACCUCAAUGUCCCGUGGACUGCAGCCAGCGAUGCCAGCACGUGGUUGUCUGCAGCACAGCUACGCGGGUGGUCGUCUUUGGGUUUUAACGUUUACUGCCGUGCUGACAAGACAAGUGUCCAGGAUAUACCACUCAAUUUGCCCUCGUGCGAUUUGAAGGUGCCAGAGCAUGGGACUGAGGGAAAGAUAGUGACAACGCUGGGUAGACAGUCACCCGGUAGCGCAACUUUCAUACGGCGCGUUACGAUAAUGCUGAACGAUGGAUUCCAGCCCAAUUCGUUCAACAAGAUCGCAGAAGGGCGUGAUUAUGACGUAGUGGCAGUAAUGCCAACCACGCAGAAGACAUUUCAAACCGCAUGUGAGACACUCAACUGUGACCUGAUAAAUCUGGACUAUUUUUGUCAUUAUGCAACGUUCAAAGUGAAGCGCGGUAUGGUGACCGCGGCGCUACACCGUGGGUGCUACUUCGAAGUAACCAUGGCCACGAUGGAUCACCUGGGGCAUCAGGAUGAGGUGAUGAGCGUGGACGUCAAAGAUCGCGCCAGGAUUUUCCGCGCGCACUUCACUUCCGUUCUACACUACAUUCCACUGAAGCGGCUUGUACUUUCGCCGGGUAAUUUGGAUCCAACAAAUGUAGUUGACCCGCCCACGUUCAUAGGGAUGUGCAGCGAGCUUAUUUCAAGCGCAACUGGUGAACCCUGCGACGCCAGCGCCUGUAUCACGGCCGCGCCCAAAGGAUGUAUCGCAAAGGGGGCGGCCAGGCGCACUUAUGGCACGGGUAUACUAGUUCACAUGGCAGAUGAACCUUUGGGGAAGAGAUUCACAUCGCUCAAUCCCAGUUGA